GUCACUUUCCUUAACGAGAAACUGAGGUCGUGAUAUGACUAAACGAUGGACGUACUUUAAUUUUUCAAGUAGUAUGACUUAAGGGUUGGCCAGACGUACUAUUCAUUAUAAUAAAAAAUAUAGGCGAAAUACAAGCUAUAACUUUCGUAAAAAUGACGUUAUGGAGAUCGUUUAAGAAGCACUUUAAAGCUUGAAGUCUUUAAUUUUUAACCACUAUAAUUUAUAAUCUUAAUUUUUCAGUCCUAAUUGUAUUAAAGUGCGUGUAACUAAUAUAUUGCUCUAUCAGUUACGCCUACACCUUGUACAUAUAAUCUGACAGCUGUCAGAUUAGCUACUGCGCAUGAUCGUUAAUUCAUAGGUUCGCUUCGUUCGCGUGUUCCGAAAUAUGAGAAACCGUUCUGUGAGCGAGUGCACCUGGAGAAGAGCUGAUAUGUAGAGGAGAACAGCGAGUGAAUUAAUCGAAGCCGAUGUAACUGACCUCCUCGUCUUCACGCACGGAUCUCUUUGUAGAACAAUAACCCACCCACUCGUAGAGCGAGCGCUUCAGAUCGCUCUCAACCUCCGCGGUCGUCGAGGGAACCGACGAACAAAGGCCCGUCUAAAUAUUCAUCCGAGAUCAAGCAUGCAGCGAGGCACAUCGUGCGACACUUGAAAGUCGUCUGAGAGAGAUCAUCCGCCGUGCGUUGUUUCGCCAUUGGUCGGCAUGCUUUGACGAACGAGGUUGAGAACAUUAAUCUUUUCCAUGUACUCGAAUGCACUGAAAAGUGCACGAUGAGAGGAAACGCACCGGGCCCGGGCGUCUCGUAUCAUAUGGCCGCUGGGAAAUCCGAUCCUACUUUUGUUUACGUUGCGUGGGAUCGCCGGCUUUCUUACAUCGUCUCUGCGCUUUAACAUAACUCGCAGUAAAUGAGUGUUGUUCCUUGGAGGUGGAACAAUGACUUCGAGUUACUUCGCUUUGCCGCUCAACAUGGACAGAGUGUGCAGAAUUUGCCUAAUCGAGAGCACCAAUCUGUCGGCGAUCUUCUCCAGUGAUCAAGAGGCGAAUGAUUUCCCAGGACUCUCGCAGAAGAUACAAAUCUGUGGUUCCAUUGAGAUACACGAACAGGAUGGACUGCCUUCGCUGAUAUGCGAUGUUUGUGCGUACAAGGCUAGAGUGGCACACGAGUUCAGACAGCAGUGUCAGCAUUCGGACGCAAGGUUGCGCAUGUACUACAACAAGCCUGCCAAGUGUCAUAUUACGGAUUCUUGUACACAGACAGAUUUCCAAGCAAGGUUUAUACUGGCGACCAAACCGAAUCAUCUUCAAGAUGAGUAUUUUGUUAAAGAGGACAUGCAAGUGGUGGCGCAGGAAUAUGCGCAGCCUGCUGAGUCAUUCGUCAGAGAUGAGAGCAGUCUGAGCACGAAUCAGAUUCAUAUUCAAGACGACAAGCUGUUCAUAUGUUCCAUCGGGUUCGAAGGUAGCAAAGAAGAAGAGGAGGAGGAGGAGGAAGAGGAGGAGGAGGAGGUGGUGACGACGAAGGACUCCUGCAUAACGGAAAACGUGGUUCACGAGAUGUCGAUAGCGGAGACAUCCGAUAUGCCGAGCAAAAACGACGAGAAGGAAGCCGAGCGGUACGUCGAGAAAAGCGGCGAAACUUUCGGAAAUUUGGAGGAAGAGGAGGAGGAAGCCGAGGAGAACUUCCCGCAGAAACGUACGUCCACGAGGAAAGCUAAGGCGAAGGCGUACAGCGACGACGAGGCCGGGCAAAAUUAUUACGAGCCGAGCAGCGACAGUCAGGAUUCGGUGGAGUCCAAGUUCAAGUGCAACGUCUGCUCGAAGCAGUACGCUACGCAGAAGGGCCUGAAGAAGCACUCGCUCGUCCACGAGAAGAAAUACAAGUGCAACGUCUGCCUGAAGAUGUUUUACAAGCAGGAGAACAUGGAGAACCACCAGAAGAUACACGCGUCGAAGCCGCACGCGUGCCAGCUGUGCCACGCGUGCUUCUCCAAGCCGCAGAGUCUCGUGAAGCACCUCAAGUCCCACACGGAGAAGGUGAACGACAUGAUCAAACAGAUCAGCACGGACGAGCGCAAGGAGCCGAAGAAAGAGCUGAAGAGCGAGGACGACACGGAGGACGACGAGACGGCGGCGGCGAACGACGAGUUCGAGAACGCGCCCGAGCUGUACAAAUGCGAGAUCUGCAGCCAGUACUGCUCGUCCUUGAAGAACUUGAGGAGGCACGCUCUCGUACACGGCGACAAGAAGUAUUCGUGCACCGUCUGCAAGAAGUGGUUCUUCAGGCCGGACACCCUGAAGAAGCACGCGGAGAAGCACGGGCACGGGCUGCUGGACAACCUCGCGGACGACAACAAGCUGUACGACUCGGAUGCGAGCAGCAACGCUGCGAGCAACAACGCCGCGAGCAACGCCAGCGUGAAGAAGGAGGACAGCGACGAGGACGGGGGGGAGUACAAGUGCCAGCACUGCGACAAGGUAAUGGCGACGAAGAAGGGCCUGAGGCGGCACGUGUCGAUGCACAAGCCGAAGGCCGAGCCGGUGACCUGCGAGAUCUGCAAGAAAGUGUGCGCGAGCCAAGCGCGGCUGGUCCUCCACCAGCGCACGCACAAGCCGAAGGAGAAGGUGCCGCGCGAAUACCUCUGCCACAUCUGCAGCAAGGUCUACCCCAGCAACUCCUCCCUCACCUACCACAUGCGCACCCACACCGGCGUGAAGCCGCACGUCUGCAAGACCUGCAACAGCGGCUUCACCACCACCACCAGCCUGGCGAAUCACAUACGCAUCCACACGGGCGACAAGCCGUUCGUCUGUCACGUAUGCAGCGCCGCGUUCGCCGUCAGCUCGGCCUUCCGUCGUCACCUGACCCGGCACACAGGCGAGGCGAAUUACCUCUGCAAGACCUGUGGCAAGGCGUUCAAGCGGCUGAGCACCCUCAAGGAGCACACGUACACGCACUCCGGCGAGAAGCCGUACGUCUGUAAGACGUGCGGCGCCGCUUACAGUCACAGCGGCAGCCUCUUCGCCCACCAAAAGCGCUGCCGCGCUCAAUACGGCGAUAUCAUCGUCGAGGAUCAUCAUCAUCACCACAUGCCGGUCACGCAUAUCCAUGUCAAUAUGAACAACGUGAACAACGGCCCGCGGCCGGUUGCUGUGAUAGGUCAGAUAUAUUGAGUCCGCGCCGAUUUUCCUUCGCUCGCGAUUCAUCCGUUCAUUAUCGAAAUUAAUCGUCAUAUUUUACACUCGCUUCUAAUUCAACUUUCGUCAUAUUGUUGUUUUAGAAAACUUGCCAGUGAUAAGACAAGGAAUCGAUUGAUAUGAUAUCAUUGUGGGAGGCCGAACUCUGUGUAAAGAAAAAUCACUUACUUCUCUCUCCUGUAGAAACGAUGAUGAGCGUAGAUGUUGCUUUCUGCGAGAUAUCAGUUUGAUUAACACGCUGAUCGGUUGCGCAAAACGACGAUUCCCGUGUACAAGAUUAUCGCGCAUCUGUAAAUAUAUAUCAGCAGUUCUUAUUCAUAAUAAAACGAAGCAUUUUCUGGAUACGUUCCUGUCGAAGGAGUAGCGCUUUGCUUUUCGCGAGGACACGUAGAGCAGUUGCUCCUUGAUUAUGUCGCACGUAUAAUUAUCGGAGACGUGAAAAUCAAGUUUUCCAAACGAAAUUUUUACGGAUUAUCGUAACAAUUUCCAGAUAUUUUUUUAUUAUUUCAUGUUAUAGGUGUGGAUAUUAUAUAUAUAUAUAUAUGCAUGUAUGUAUAUAUGUGUAUAUAUAUAUACAUGCGUAGCGUACAGGGUGCAGCAUUAACUCUGUCCUCUUCAAGUGUCUCUGAACUGACUGAUUAUUGAGAAAAUGACGCAAACAAAAGUUCGUUUGUCGUGAGUUCAAUAUUCGUACAGUCGGCAGAUUAAAAGUUGCAACAGUUUUUGCGUAUGUGUGCGUGCAUAAUCACAUUUAGAACAAAGAUUUGCAUAAUAUGUCACUACUGUCUACACCAAACUUCUAAUCUCGACAAUCUCAAAUCUUUAAAAUAUUUAAAAUAGAUGGAAUUAUUGCUCUAUCCUGCAUUGAUAUAAACGUGUGUGUAUACACAUUCACAUACAUAUAUAUUUUUAUAUGUAUAAUCCAGAUCUUGUUGUACCAUAUAUUGCAUGAUAAUUUUGUAUUGCUACAUUAUUUUACAGUUUUUGCUAGAUUUCGAAAUUAGAGAAACACUCAUUUCUCUUCUUUUCUUUAGGAAUUCAUACAGAAAUCUCCAAAGGCGCGACAUAGUUGCCGAAUAAUUGGUUUCUACGGUACUGUCCUUUUUAAUCAAAUCGAUAUGCGGAUCUAAAGUAACACUCGAAAUGUAAUAUCAGGUAUACAAGUUCUGGGCUGUGAUUAUCGUAUAAAUUAUAACUAGCCGAAGAGAAAAUAUCAGUAAGUUUUAUCCCCCAUUUAGCGAAGUUGAUCAGCAUAAAUAUAUAAAUAUUUCAUCGCCAAAGUACAUCAUUAUUAAACGAGGAACAAUCAUAUUCGCACUAUGUACAUUUUGCAUAAUAACUUACUUAGAUCAUACGAAAUGAUUAUAAUUAUCAUCAUAUAAUGCGUGUAGCUCAUGAUAGGAUAUCGAUAGGAUGAAAACUUUUGCAGUCACAUUUUUUAUCUAUGCUAAUAAAAAAGAUGUUAAUAUGUUGUAUAACGGAUGCAAUGUGUCCAGUAAUAUUGUGCCACGAAGAGAGCGUAUUCUUUUAAAAGAAAGUAUUCUGACAUUUAUUAGAAUAUGAUUUUAACUUAAUAUUCUUAUUGAGAAGAGACACAUUAUCGUUUUUAUAAUAUAUAAAUAUUUAACAAUAGUAAUUUUAUAUUAGCAUUUUAUAUAUUAACGAGAUGACAUCGUAUAUACAUUGUUCUGUUUUAACAUGC